AGAUACAGCCAGAUUUAGUCACUGAUUCGUUUCCAGAGUAUCACCAACUAGAAAAGUCCCGAGCGUGGGAUAGAUUUCUCAAACGAAUCAUCUUUGAGCUCCGAUCCAAUUUCAGAUAUGUCGAGGAUUCUUGGCAAAAGAGUGAUUCACAACUUCCACAGACUCAAUUCUGCUUCUUUCACUUCCGUCUCUGCUUCUUCAAUCGAGGAAGGCCAAAAUCGUGUCAUUGAUGCUUCGUUAACUCUCAUUCGUGAAAGGGCUAAACUCAAAGGAGAGUUAGUUCGUCUUUUAGGUGGAGCUAAAGCUUCAACAUCACUUCUUGGAGUACCACUUGGUCAUAACUCUUCUUUUCUUCAAGGUCCUGCCUUUGCUCCUCCUCGUAUUAGAGAAGCUAUUUGGUGUGGUAGUACAAACUCUGCAACUGAAGAAGGGAAGGAGUUAAAGGAUCCACGGGUUCUAACUGAUGUUGGUGAUGUUCCUGUACAAGAGAUUAGAGAUUGUGGAGUUGAUGAUGAUAGAUUGAUGAAUGUAAUAAGUGAAUCUGUGAAGUUGGUGAUGGAAGAGGAACCAUUGCGUCCGCUAGUCUUAGGUGGAGAUCAUUCCAUAUCUUAUCCUGUUGUGAGAGCGGUUUCUGAGAAGCUUGGAGGGCCUGUGGACAUUCUUCAUCUUGAUGCACAUCCCGAUAUCUAUGACUGUUUUGAAGGGAACAAAUACUCUCAUGCAUCUUCAUUUGCUCGUAUCAUGGAAGGUGGCUAUGCCCGGCGGCUUUUACAGGUUGGAAUUAGAUCGAUAAACGCGGAAGGACGGGAACAGGGCAAGAGGUUUGGAGUAGAACAAUAUGAGAUGCGAACCUUCUCAAGAGAUCGCCCUAUGUUGGAAAAUCUGAAACUAGGGGAAGGAGUGAAGGGAGUAUACAUCUCAAUAGACGUUGACUGUCUCGAUCCAGCAUUUGCACCCGGAGUGUCCCACAUCGAACCAGGAGGUCUUUCUUUCCGAGACGUCCUUAACAUCUUACACAACCUUCAGGCAGAUGUUGUCGGGGCUGAUGUUGUGGAGUUCAACCCGCAACGUGAUACUGUGGACGGUAUGACAGCAAUGGUUGCAGCUAAGCUUGUUAGAGAAUUAGCCGCGAAAAUCUCGAAAUGAACAAGAAUGGUAGUUUGGAGUGUCAUGUUUUGUUAUGUUUCUAUGUUUCAUUGUGCAAGUUUGUAUCAUUCAUAUAGGUUUUUGAAUGCAAUACGUCUGGCUCUGUAGACGGACUAUCAUACAAACAUAAUAUGAAUUAUGAUCUUAGGCUAUAAUAUCAAUGUUCAUACCUCUUAAUCCUCUGUUUUA